AUGCGUAUUUUUGUGGUUUUAUGUUUAAUUGCUGUUGCAGCCGCUCAAUAUGACUAUGCUCCACAAACAGCUGGUCAUGAUGAUAGCGCUCCUUUACGCGGCGAUGAUCAAUUAUCUCAACCAAUUCAACCAUCAAGCGAAUUUAAUAAGGAAUUUUAUUCUUACUCCGCACCUGAACAUGAAUUCGAUGAUGGUGUGGCGUCCAACGAGGGUACAAAUAACGCCACAGGCAGUGGCAGUGGUGAACCCGCAGCCCUGUUCUCCAAACUACGUAGCUUUUCCAUCGGUAGUGGGCCGAAUUCGCCACAACGUGUAGUCUCGAAUUUACGCGGUUUUCUUACACACCGUCUCAGUAAUAUCACACCAAGUGAUACAGUUUCUGCCUCCAAAAUAAUAUUUCCAAUCGUUGAUGAUUUUCCACAGAGCUGUAAAAUUGAUAAUAAUAUCUGGGGUCUUUGCGUGAACAUUAAAAGUUGUGCUACAGCUUUGACUGUACCAAACAGUGAAGUGAAAACAUGCUACUUUUUGCGGUCAGAGCAUUUUGUUUGCUGCAAAGAUUUUGGAGGGGAUGAAUUGAAAAGACUUAAGAAGAAUAGAGCUUUAAUACAGUGCGAAGACUUUUAUCCGAACUACGCGUAUGUUGUUUAUGGUUCAAUGACUAAACCCAAGGAGUUUCUAUACAUGGCAGCACUUGGCUGGAAAUCAAAUGAAGGUAACAGUACAGAUUAUAGAUGCGGAGGAGUCUUAAUCUCACCUCAAUUCGUCCUAACUGCGGCACAUUGUACAGAAUUUAAUGGUCAUCCACCUUCAGUGGUUGGUGUUGGUGGUGCAGAUUUAACUGACAAUAAAUUUACAAAUUUUGAUAUCACUAAAGUAAUACCGCAUCCAUUGUAUGAUCCGGAAUUUUCUUAUAACGAUGUAGCAUUGCUAAGAAUAGUAGAAAGUAUAUAUUUUCGUUUCCCAAUAGCUUGUCUUUGGACCACUUUUAACAUUGAUGUGAAAACUGUGACUGUGAUCGGCUAUGGAAAUACACGCUUUGUUGGAACUCAAUCUCCACAUCUGUUAAAGGCAGACUUAGCUAUUAUGCCAAAUAAGGAUUGCCAAAGUUUUUAUAUAGAUGAAGACAAUUUACCAAAAGGUAUUCUUGAUCAACAAAUUUGUGCGAAAGACCCUGAAAAUAAACGAGAUGCUUGUCAGGGCGAUUCUGGUGGUCCGCUUAUAGCAAAAGUACGAAUGAUGUCGGAUAUACGACCUUAUGUUAUAGGUAUAACUUCCGUUGGGCAUGGUUGUGGUGGUGAAUCGCCUGGUGUUUAUAUGCGCGUGUCAGAGUUCUUGGAUUGGAUCCUAGCAAUUGUCUGGUAG